AUGACUGACGGUGUUGUACUUCGAAAUACUGAUCAUCGUUUGUCGACUCGUCCAGAUGAUACAAUUAGCAUACUAAGUUCACAAUCGGAUAGUGUUCAACAUUUAUCUUCUUAUUUUGAGUCGGAUGACGAAGGCAAAAUACUAGUUAAUACCAGUGUCCAUAAUCUUGAUCUUAAUAGUGGUGGAGCGAGUGGUAAUAAUGGCGAUGAAUUAAAUGGAGGUGGUGAAGCAGGAAUAAAUUCGACGUUGAAACCAAAGAAAGAUUGGACAAUUUAUUUAAAUAAAACAUCGAAACAUUAUCAUAAUGGGAAAAAAGAUGCGCAGCAUUCAAAUGAAUUUUCGUCAUCAGAUGACACAUAUUCAGAAGAUGAAGAUGAUGACGAGGAAAAUGAUGAUUCUUCGUCAUCAGUUGGUUUUGAUGAAGAGGAUCCAUGGACCAUUACGAAUGAACAACGUGAUUACUACACAAAUCAAUUCCGUGAAUUACAACCAGACAUAAAUAAAGUUAUUAUGGGAAAUAUUGCCAAAGAAUUUUUUGAACGAUCACGAUUACCCACAAAUGAAUUGUCUAAAAUAUGGAAUUUAUCAGAUGUGAAUCAUGAUGGGGCUUUAUCAUUAGCGGAAUUUUGCACAGCCAUGCAUCUUGUUGUAUUACGCGUAAACUCAUUUGAAUUACCGGACGAGCUACCAGCUCAAUUGAUGCCCUAUACACCUUUAAUUGAUUUAUCUGAUACAACAUCAUUAACAUCUACAGAAGUGCCACCUAGUCAGACACUUGUUGAUUCAGCCAUUACACCAGCAGCUAUGAUCACAAAACCCACAAUACUAGGAGCAGUCCCACCUGCCGUUUGGACCAAUUUUAAUGAUUUAGAAUCAGAAUCCAUAGCGUCUCCUCAAUCGAGACCAAAAGAAUUUACAUUUGCACCUCCCGUCUCUUCAGACAGUCAUAAAAUACUUGCACCUGUUCCUCUAAGACUAUCAUCUCCUGUCGGUCCUCCGCCCGUAUUGAAAUCGUUCGACUCAUCAAAAAGUAUUCUCCCACCACCGCCUCCUCCUCCACGCUCAAACAAGCACAGUCGUAAUGCAUCACUCGAUUUCAUUAAUGAAACAACAACAACAACAACAACAACAGUUCCACCUCACGCGCCUACUCUUCCACCUCGUACACAAACCGAUAUACAAAUAACACCUCAACAACCAUCUCGUACAUCGAUUGCGAAUAACAAUAAUAACAGCAGUACUGUUACCACACCCUUAUAUCAUGCUAGUCGUACGAGACCAUCGAUUGUUCAACAACCACAACAAACAGAUCCGAAUGUGUUAUUACAACAGAUACGUGAUUUAUUACAGCCAGAUAGUUUACAAGAACUGUCAACAUUAAUUUCAACUAAUAUAAAUAAUCAAGAUGAUCCAAAUGACAAUACCGAACAACAGCAAUUACACACAGCAUUAAAUCAAACAAAAAUACAUAAUUCAAUUUUAAAAGCACAACUCAAACAUUGGGAAGAUAGAUUAACUGAUCUAAUUGAUAAACGAAUAUCAUUAGAACUACAACUUAAACUUCAAUAG